AUGGACAGCUAUUCUAUGAAAGUUGCUCGUGAGAUCACUGAAACUGACAAGGGGCCUCUUAGAAUGAGACUACGUGAGAAGAGGAGAAUGUCCCCUGGUACAGUAAUUGUUGAUCGUGAGUUAAUUGAUGCUAGUAGGGAAAUGUAUGUGGAACCAUUAAAAGGACCAGAGAAGACGAGGCAUUAUGGACAGAGACAGGUUUAUGUUAUAAGAUGGCAUCCAUCACAAUGUUCAGUUGAUCCAAUAGAAGAAAUUAUACUGGAUAAUGAUAAUCCUAAGCAUUUUAUUGGAAAGCUGUCAAAAUUAAGUGGAGUUCCUGCUAAGCAUAUCUAUUGUACAAAGGAUCAAUCAUUUCCAGUUGAGAUAUCAUGUCUAGAUAUUGAGAAUACGUUGGACUGGUAUUCCGUCAGUUCAGACAGACCAUAUUCAUUAGGACUAUAUGUUGAUGGAUAUAUCAUAUAUUAUAAGUAUUAA